GCCGGGAGAGCGCUUGUAUAUCGGGCGGCAGGAUGCUGCGGCUCCGCUGUAAAGCUCGGAGCGGCUCCUACCCGCUGCCUGGGCUCACGGCACAUUCCCGCCUGCGUGAGCUCCAGGCUGACAUCGCUGCCCUCACCGGGGUCUCCGUCCAGGCCCAGCGCCUGCUGCUCGGCUUCCCCCCGCGCGGCAUCGACCUCAGCGACGGCGAACAGCGCCUCGGAGAGCUGGGCAUUCACUCAGGUGAUACUCUAAUAGUUGAAGAAGAUGCAGCCAAGCCCAAGACUGAGUCACCUAUAGUUACAAAACGGACUGUUCCUAAUUCAUUCAGGGAAUCUCUCCCUGUGCUUGCCCGGAAGGUUGUUCCAGCAGAUAACUCGUGUCUGUUUACCAGCAUAUACUAUGUGGUAGAAGGUGGGGUUUAUGACCCAGGAUGUGCCCCAGAGAUGAGAAAUCUCAUUGCACAAAUUGUAGCAAGUGAUCCAGAAUCCUAUAGUGAGGCAGUACUAGGGAAAACUAACCAGGAAUACUGUGAAUGGAUCAGAAGAGAUGAUACAUGGGGAGGUGCAAUUGAGGUUUCCAUCUUGUCUAAAUUCUAUCAAUGUGAAAUUUGUGUAGUAGAUACUCAGACGGUCAGAAUUGAUCGUUUUGGGGAAGAUGCUGGCUAUGCUAAACGGGUGCUUUUAAUCUAUGAUGGCAUUCACUAUGAUCCACUUGAGCGUAAAAUCCCCAACUCAGACAUUCCACCCCAGACAAUUUUUUCAACAUCUGAUGACGUUGUCCUUGCGCAGGCUUUGGAGUUAGCAGAUGAAGCCAGAAGAAAGAGACAGUUUACUGAUGUAAACCGGUUUACAUUGAGAUGUAUGGUGUGUCAGAAAGGAUUAACAGGGCAAGUGGAAGCCAGAGAACAUGCCAAGGAGACGGGACACACCAAUUUUGGAGAAGUGUGAAUUUUCUGUGAGGUUGGUCGUAUUUACUACCUCACUGUUCCAGAAUAAGCCUCCAGGUUCUUAAAUAAGCUGUAUGUAAUCAUAUGAAUCCAUUUAAAGUCUGAAAGCCCUAAACUUAAUUAUGGAUGAUAUGCACAGGUUUGCUGUUAGUGUGAAGAAGUUUACAAGAGCGUAUGCAGUGGUGUCAUAUUUUCCAAUUAGUUUUGAGUGUUCAGAACUAGAGACAGCUAUUGAAACCAACAGCUGUAGAGACUCUUGAAAGAAUCUGAGUAGCUGAUGCAGGAAUUCCUCCGACACAACUGAAUAUACGCACACCACUGUAGCUGGCUAGACUUGUAUAUAGGAUUUUAGAAUCAUUGAUGGAAUAAAAAUCUCAGCUCAGUUCUUGAGUUCUUGAUUAUACAUUCUACCAAAUAGUUAAGUUGGUCUCUAUUCAGAUUUGGCAAGAUUACUUGGGUCUCAGCUGUGCUCAUUUAAAAAGUUGUGUAUGCUUAUAUAACUAAAAGCAGGUCAGCCACAAAGUUGCCUCUUUAAUAUAGUAAUUCCAAAGCUGGUUUAUUUUAAAUCACUGAAUAAGAGUACCAUGUGUGGAAAAAAUAAGGCUUUGGUGAUAAAGGCCUUUAGCUUGAAGGUUUUCAUCUUUCUUAGGAAGUAAAAAGCUACUAGUACAUUCUCACACUUCCUUAGUAAGUAAUAGUACACAGCAGUUACAGUUAUUUUAAACAUUAGCUAGCUGUGUAGAUUUCUGUGCAUUGAUGGCAUGUCCUACAAAAUUACUGAAAUUGUAACAGAUUUGAGCAAUAUAUGAGUGUACCUUUUUUUUUUAAAAAAAAAAAAGUAGACAAAUUAUAUAUUGAAGGUACAAAUUGUAGGGUUAUCUAAAUUAUUACUUGCCAUUUGUACUUCAUGUGAAACCCUAUGAGAAAAUGGUAAUAUUCCAAGUAGUCCCUUGUCCUCUCUGGCAUCAAAGUGUGGCAGUACCCCUGAUAACUGCUGGUUGACUUUCCUAAAAAUAGGUGCACUUCCAAAAAGGAUCCUCAAACAUGUACCUAAUUUAUGGUGGGAGAUGAGAGGUUAGGCUGCUUUUACUAGAUUUUGGUGCCAACUGGGGUUGGUGGUGCUUGUUGAGAAUGGAGGUUCCUGACCUGCAUCCAGCACCACAGUUGGGUGACUUUUUGGCUAUAAAUUUCUGAUUGCCGUCAGAAACCUGAAAACUACAGAUCUUGUACAGAUCUGGUCUAACUCUUACUUCAUUAUACAGUUUAGCUGGCACAGCUGUUUAGCUUCUGAGGCUCCUAAUUGGGUAACUUCACUGGUUAUUAUAAGCUAUUUUUCUACAUACGUUCUGGGAAUUCAGCCUUGAGUGCUUUGCUGUUUGCAUUGUAUCAGGUUUAGGGUUGUGUCAGGUUAAAUAACUUGGGUCACUAGAAUGGGUCUCUUAGUAAGACACUACUAAUGAAAAUGUAAUAGUUUAGUUUAAUGUAGGUGGGGUGUGUUUUGGAGGGGAUAGAGAAACGUGCUAAACUUGAGGGUAGAAAAUUCACAUUUAUCUUUGAGGGUAAUUUAAUUUAAGCUAAUUUAGAAGUAUGAUGAUAUUAGAAUGUAAGCCUAUGUGGCAGGGUUUUGCUAUUUUAUUGUUUUACUCUGUACAGCACCAUGUACACUGACGGUGCUAUAUUAAUAAUAAUAAUAAUAAUAAGGCAAGGGUGCAGGAUUUGAGGGGAAGAAAAAUGAUUUACAAGAUGGUAUUGUUACCAUUUAGUGUUACCAGUAACUUCAUGAGUGCUGAAGGUUUAGGAAUAAUGCAUACAUUUUGAUUAAAACAUCAGAAAAUUGUACUGGCAUAGGGUUAUGACUAGUCACCAUUAAUCAAAGGCAAAAGGAGGAAAGCCCUCAGGGACAAGCACUGAAAAAAAUCAAUGGACCUCAAUAUAACAAGAAGGAGAAUGAUUGAAAUGUAUUAAAAUAUGCACAACAAACAAAUAACUGGUCAGUUGUUUGUUUGUGUUUUUAUUUUCAGUCAUAUUCAUAUUUUUGUUACAUUGAGGAUCCAUUGAUAUAUAUUUUUUUGGUAGUCACCAUUAAUGCCAUAGACCAGCCUUGCCCAACCUGUAGCCCUCCAGUUCAGCCUUCCUGCUUAUUGGCCAUGCUGACAAGGGCUGAUGAGAGUUGAAGCCCCUCUGAAGGUUGCUAGGUUGGGGAAGGCUAUUAUAGAUGCUAGGUAAUAAGUGCCAUGGAGUUUUAUACAACCACGGUCAAAGUAGUUGGGGCUAAAAAUCACAUUUUAAUUUUACCAGAGAUAGGAAAAUUAAUGGUUAGGAGGAAGUAAAAUCACUAGUGUGAAAAUGACCCAUGAAUUUGCAAGCCAAAAGUGUUGAGCUUUUACAACAGCAUGGUUUUAUAAUAAGUUAGGAGCAGCCAUAACCACAAGUUCCAGCAAAGCAGAACGCUGUUCUGUCACAAACUGGGUGGGGAUUUAGCCAAUAACUUCAGUCCAAUCUAGAGCAUCUGAAAUUAGAUAGUAAGGUAUUGAAUUGAGAUUGCAACUGACAUGCACUGACUUGUUGCACUUAGGAUGGUGAUGUAGCUAUGUUUGUGGAUUCUGCUGUUUGUGCUGUUGGCAGCUAUGUGCCUUCAGGUAUUCUAUACUAUUUUUCUGUUUUUGAGCCAUUUUUCUUCACUUCAGCUUCAUUUCAGCUUGGAUGUAUUCUAGUGAAGGUUCUCUAGAAACUUAAAAGCUCUUUUUUCAUCAGAGAAAACUGUGAUGAAUCAUUGCCCCAUAAAAGGUGGGUUCAAAUAGAUUAGUUCUGGUCCAGCUAAAGUUAGUUCUGUCCCAUUUAAAUCAAUGGAAAAAGUUAGUGACAACUAAAUUAAGUCCUGCUGAUUUCAAUGGGACUUACAGUCCGAUCUAUGCAUGUCUACUUAGAAGUAAGUCCCACUAUGUCCAGUGGGAUUUACUCCCAAGAAAAUGCAUAAGAUUUCAGCCUAAUGAACUGAAGCUGGUUUGGUGUUAUGAAGUACAAAUAUCAUUUAGACUAGUCCUGUAAUACUUUGCCGAAAGCCUUAAUUGAACAAACCACUGGGGACAUGCUUCAGGAAUGAACUUCCAAGAUUGCCUAGCUACAUGCUCUCUUUGGCUGAAGGGGACAGUGGGUAAGCAUAUUCAUAUGUUUAAGGCUUUGCUUGAUUAUGGCUUAAAUAGCGGAAAUUAAGGGAAAAGCCAAUAAAGCAGCAAGAUUUUUAUGAGCAAUAUUAGCACCAUGGUCUCUUUAAUUCUAGGUAACUAAGGCAGCAUUCCUAUGCAUGCUUAUCUGGGAGUAAGUAUCAGUAGGGUUUACUUCUGAAUUGGUAUGUAUAGGAUUGGGCUGUUAAACUACUUAAUUUUAUGAUACUGUAUUUAUUUUAAGUCUCUUUCCUUAGCUUUUUACAGAUCUGUAUAUAGUACGAAGUUGUGUAGAAGAAUAGAUGACAAAUAUGUGGCACAUUUUACAUGAAAUACUUGAGCUAGAAUACAUUGAACUUUUGAUAUAAAGCCACAUAUCUAAGCUGUUUCAUUAAAAGAUUUCAUUAAAAUUAGUAGCAUGUUCAAAUAUACAUGCUGAAGAUAAGAUGUAAAGUUAUGAUCUGAAAUAUAGUCAUGAAUAUUGACUUGACUAAAAUAUAGUUAGAACUUUGUGGUCCUUCAGAUCAAAUAAAUUAAUAUCCCCAUAUUUGUUCACUGAUUGGCUCAGGCUUUGGAAAGACUAUCAACCUCAGUUUGAAUGCUUGAGAAAUGGUUAAAUUCACUUAUCUCACAAAGGUGUUAGCCUGACCGAUUUGUAUGUUACUUGGAAGAAGGUGCUAUAAGAAAUCUAUUUAUUUUGUAUAUUGUUUUCUUUUUAAAAAAUGGGAAUAUCUUACAUAUUGCAUAUUCACUUGUUUGCUGUGCUAUUUUUCCAGAGACUUUACUUGUUAAAUCAUACUAGUAGAGUUGAAACACUAUCUCCAUCAAAAAUGGAGAUAAGUACAAAAGUGUUACUGUAUUUCCUUGAGUUUUACCAUCGGUAUUAUGUAUGCAUGUUAUGUUUUAAUUCAAGUAAUAGAUUUUUCAGACAUGUUUUUUCAAAUGUGUAUCAGCUUGAUUUUUCUGAAAUUGUAGUUGGAGUGAUUUACAUCCUAAGUCGAGUGGACAGAAAGUAUAUCUCUAGAUGUUUUGAACUUCAACUCCCAUGAUUCCUGACCAUUGGCCAUGCUGGCAGGGGCUUCUAGGAGUUGAAGUCCAAAACAUCUAGAGAUCUACAUUCUGGCUACCUCUGCUCUAAGUAACAUGGAAGAAAUAAUUAAAAAAAAAACCUAUUUGAAAGUUGAGGCUGUAGUUCAAUGUAUAUGAAGCAUGAAAUAGUGUAUGGAAUCAUAACAACUACCUUGCUGAAACAGACCGAGACCUAUCUAAUCUAGUAUUCUGAUACAUCCAACUGUUUGCAAUUAGAAUCUAAAAAAUUCACAAACUGGGCAUAAAGGUGAUCAUUACCACCUGCUUUAUCUGUAGUGCCUUCACAGGUAGUGAGACAUUCUAUUUGUUAACAUGGAGGUUCCAUUAGCUUUCAUACCUCAUAGCCAUAAAUAAACCUGCCCUCUAAGACAGUAGCUGUUGCUAUACUUUGUGUUAGUGAAUUCCAACAGUGAUGCAUUGUAAGAAGGUUUUUUUCCGUAAAUCAAUCAUGAAUCAACACUGUCACUGAGUUCUAGUAUUUCUAGAGAAAGGGUCGAAGGGGAACCCUUCAGCUUUCUUCACAUUUCACAGACCUGCCAUGUCUCUCAUUUGUUUUGUUUUUUUUAUUUAGAGUAGUCUUAAGCCUUUCCUUGUAGGAAACACACAGCAGUUCUUUACAUCUCCAAUCAAAAUAGGAAGGGAACUUCCUGCAGCUGAUACAUGUUCAUCUGUCAAAACUGAGUAAUAUGUCCCAUGACCUUCAUAAUGACUUUGCACAGAAAACUCAAGUAUGCUGGUAAAUUUGUGACCUAGGUCACAGUCUAGAAUAAAUAUUAAAAAAUAAAAUAAAGAUUGAAUUAAGUAGCCAGUGUUCAAGAUUCCUUUAUUAUUUGGUAAAAGAAUAUCUUAUAUUUGCUUUAUCAUUAAAAGCUAAUGACUGCAUUCUUCUUAUAAAUACAAAAAUUGUAAUCAAUGCAUAUGAGUUCCACGUCCUGUGUAAGAAGAAUCUCCUCUCAAAUUGAAUACUGCACACCUUCCAGUUGAGAGGAAUUCUAUUCUCGACAACGUCCGUUGAAGGCAUCCUUACCCCCCUCCCCCCUCAAAAAAAAAAUUCAGAUUUUUUUUGGAAAAGAGAACAUGAUUAGAACAUAUAGAUACCUUUGCCCUGUUUCAAACACUAGUAUGAAUGUUUUGGGAUUUGUGGGUAUGCAUAUUUAGCGUUGUGAUAUUGGGCAGUAUCAAAUGAGGUACAACUGCUAACGUAAAUUAUGUUGUGUUAGCAUAAACUACUCCAGAGCGAUGGGAAUUUCCCAGGGAAAUUGGCCUACCAGCCUAUUGACAUUGCAUUAGACUAGUUUACGCUAGCACAAUGUAAUUUACAGUAGUGGUUGCAUCCUGUUAGAUACUGCCCAAUUAGGAAUCUUUUUCCCCUCUUGCCUUGUUCAGACUAGGAGUAGUUUAAUACAUUCUUCAUUACAGUCUUAUUCCCCUGCCAGUUUCUGUGUAUUGCAACAUCCAACUGCCGUCUGACAUAUUUUAAUAUCCUUAAUGCUAGCACUAACUUUUAAGCAUUUCAGUAGGUGUUGAGAACGGAGUGUGUAUGAAGACAAUGUCUCAUUGAUAAUGUAACUCAAACCUGUAAUCUUACUUGACUGGGUUAAAUAUAGAAGCUCUGUUCUGAGACUUGCAGAUGUGGAGGCUAUCACCAGCAUUACCUUCUAAAAGUAUGAAGGAACUUAACGUAUUCUUAAGCAUGUGGCCUUUUGCACGCUCUUGUAUGAGAUGAAUGUCUCAAGUAACAGCACUUUAAAAGCUUGUCAAUCAAAGUUUACAAGUUUAGUGUGUCUUGCCAAGGAGAUAAAUGGUGCAGAAAGUGCAUUAUAAUUUAUUCUGAUCAACUGGCAUUCAGCAUUUUUUAAACUCCUGGUAAUUUAAUGUUUUCCAGUGGCACUGUAUCUUGCUACUUCAUGAUAGUAAGCUAUGUUCUGUUGAACACGUUUCCAUGAAUUUAAAGUUGUCAUAGCAGCAAUAAAAUGUAAUAUUUAUGCAUGCAUAUUCAACAUUGUGUUCACUUGUAUUUCUACUUUCUACCUUUAAUAAACAUUGAUAAUUGAA